CUGAUUUGCACCGUUCGUGCGGGAUGUUUCAGUUCUCAGCAUCGUCGAAAAUAUUUACAUACUACGCGCCGGGAAUAUGCGUGGCGAUGUACGCGUGUCAAGUCAGAUAGAUGUCAUAGAAUCGUAGUGUCGCACGUUGAACAAUAUUUUUCUCUUUAGAUAUACAAAAGGAAUUUGCAUAAGCGAUCAAAUUCGGAACGUCAGAUCUACUGCCGUGAGGAGGAAAAUAUACGACUUUGUCGCUUGUCUUCGAUGUGGUGAACGCUUGUGUUUUUCGGUGACAGAAACAUACGAACAUACGCCGGAGCGGAUAAGCGCGAGGAGCGGGCGAGUAGGUCCUCGGGAGCAUAAAUGGCACUGCUAUUUACCAGCAUGUGGGACUCGACGAUGUUCCUGAGUACCCUAACCCCAAAAUUCUACGUCGCGCUCACCGGCACCUCGUCUCUCAUCUCCGGCCUGAUCCUCAUCUUCGAAUGGUGGUACUUCAGGAAAUACGGCACCUCGUUUAUCGAGCAGGUGUCCCUGAAUCAUAUCUCGCCUUGGAUUGGCGGCGGUGACAGCGCUAAUGACAGCAAUAGCUCCAGCCUGAACGGCUCCGGCGGAUCCUCGAAUCAGCAGAAUGUGCCGGAAUGCAAAGUCUGGCGCAAUCCGAUUAAUUUAUUCAGAGGUGCGGAAUAUCAGAGAUUUUACUGGGCCACCAACAAGGAGCCUCUCACGUACUACGACAUGAAUUUGUCUGCUCAGGAUCAUCAGACCUUCUUCACCUGUGAAGGUGAUACAGGUAAAACAGAAUAUGAAAUUAUGCAAACAGCUUGGAGAGAGCGCAAUCCAGUAGUGAGAAUACAAGCAGCGCAUAGUGCUCUUGAUCGUAAUCCCGAUUGUGCACCAGCUUACAUUCUUCUUGCGGAAGAGGAGGCUACUACUAUUGUAGAGGCGGAGAAAAUCUUGAAGCAAGCUCUAAAAGUAGCCGAGAACAAUUAUAGAAAAUCGCAAAACACCCAACAUCAAGGCUCCAUAGCCGAAGCAAUACACAGGAGAGAUACAAAUGUGUUGAUAUACAUCAAAAGAAGAUUAGCGAUGUGCGCGCGAAAAUUGGGAAAGCUGAAGGAGGCAGUGAAAAUGUUUCGCGAUCUUACGAAAGAGGUACCACCGAUUAUGAAUGUAUUGAAUAUUCAUGAAAAUUUAAUCGAGACUUUACUGGAGAUGCAGGCAUAUGCAGAUGUGCAGGCUGUGCUGGCCAAGUACGACGACAUCAGUCUGCCAAAAUCAGCAACUAUCUGCUAUACAGCGGCGUUGUUGAAGGCACGGUUAGUGGCGGACAAAUUUUCGCCUGACAUCGCCAGCAAACGUGGCUUGACCACCGCCGAAAUGUCAGCGGUGGAAGCGAUUCAUCGGGCUGUGGAAUUCAAUCCUCAUGUACCCAAGUAUCUCUUGGAAAUGAAACCGCUUAUUCUCCCGCCUGAACAUGUGCUGAAGCGCGGCGACUCCGAGGCGAUCGCAUAUGCGUUCUUCCAUUUAGCGCACUGGAAACAGAUAGAAGGCGCUUUGAAUCUGCUCCAUUGCACAUGGGAGGGCACGUUUAGAAUGUUGCCGUAUCCGCUCGAGCGCGGACAUCUGUUCUAUCCGUAUCCCACAUGUACCGAAUGUGCUGACCGUGAACUCUUGCCAUCGUUUCACGAUGUCAGCGUCUACCCGAAAAAGGAGUUGCCCUUCUUCAUCCUCUUCACCGCCGGUCUAUGCUCAUUCACCGCACUAUUGGCCCUGUUGACCCAUCAAUACCCGGACACUAUGGGAGUAGUUGCCCGUUCUAUGCUUGCCUGGUUUUCUCAUCCAUUUUAUUAUAUUCUCGACAAGCUGGAAACUAUAUUACCCUCUAACUUAUUGCAGCAGCUCUCUAGAAUAUAAGGCUGUGUUUCCAUAUGAUCUCCAUUAAAUUAAGAUUUAUUGUGAUAUUCGCGAUAUACUUAUUGCUUCAUUUCUUCUAUCUCUUCGUAGUCGCCCCAUCAGGUAUAUAUAUAAAUAAACAAAUGUGUAUAAGCUCCUAUUUGUAAUUUUCUCAUGACUGAUAUCAUAUCUUCUAGUGAUGAUUGUUUAUCUAAUACCAUAAGUUCAUCGGAUCUACGAAACACUAAAACGAAAAAGUAAUAAAGAAUUAGACAUUUUUUUCUUGUUACUUAUCUCUUGAUAGCUCAUUAAUCACUAACAUUAUACUGAUACGCGACGAUACAAGUUUAUGUGAAAUAAUAAUUGGGUGCUAAAUAAACUCUCUCUGUUUUAUCGCA